UACAAAUCUAUGUUAAGACAAUCAGAAUCGUAAGAGCAAGUGAACAUCUGUCUUAGAGAGUUGGAUCAAUAGAUAGAAAAAUCCUACACUAAAAUGGAUGAUGCCAUUGCUUCUUUUGAAGAUCUGCUUCAUCCUUUGGAACCGACACAAAGUAAGCAACAACUCCUUCCAGAUCGAGCACCUUAAACUAACCCUUUCAAGGUACAAUUGAAGUUGGAAGACAUUAUCAUUCAUCAAAUGAAUG